ACAAAAGAAAAUCUAGAAAUAAGAACCGGUUUGGUGAACAAGUACUCGAGUGAAAGGUCGUACAAAAGGAAGAACACAAAAUUAACUAUACUUGAUAACUCCCCACCAUUCGUUGUUAUUUUCAAGUGAUAAAUUCACAAAGCCGACUGACUAGUACUUCUGGUUUCUACUUUGAAAGUCAGUCGAUUUACACGAGCAUCGAUCGAUUCAAGUCUUUUCUUACGUCUCUUCAGAAUGGCUGAUCAAAAUGAUAAAAAGGAACGAGUUAUCAAUUUCGGUGCUGGCCCGGCAAAAUUACCAGAAGAGGUAUUGAGAGAAGUACAAGCAGAGUUACUUUCGUUUAUGGGUACUGGGAUAAGUAUACUCGAGUUAAGUCAUCGUUCGAAAGAUUUCGAAAAAAUUGUCAACGGCGCGCAAAAAGUUUUGCGAGAUUUAUUAAAAAUCCCGGACAAUUAUAAAAUUUUGUUUAUGCAAGGAGGAGGCACAGGAUCGUUUGCAGCUAUUCCUUUAAAUUUAAUGACCACCGGUACGGCAGAUUACAUUGUUACAGGAUCAUGGUCAGCCAAGGCAGCGAAAGAGGCAACUAAAUAUGGAAAAGUUAAUUUGGUUUUACCAAAAGUAACGAAAUAUACGGGAAUUCCGAAACCGAGUACAUGGCAAUUGGAUUCGAAUGCAUCUUAUCUUUAUUAUUGCGCUAAUGAGACUAUUCACGGUAUUGAAUGGGAUUAUAUUCCGGAAACAAACGUACCACUCGUUGCCGAUAUGUCAUCGAACAUAUUAACGAAACCUUUUGAUAUUUCGAAAUUUGCAUUAAUUUUUGCUGGAGCACAAAAAAAUAUCGGACCAGCUGGCGUUACUUUGGUAAUUGUACGAGAUGAUCUUCUUGGUCAUGCUAUGCCAGUUUGCCCAACUAUUUUAAAUUUUACAGUCAUGGCAAAUGAUAAUUCUUUGCACAAUACUCCGCCACUUUUCCAAAUAUAUUUUGUGGAUCGAGUAUUUAAUUGGAUAAAAGAGUGCGGGGGAGUUGAAAGUAUGGAACAAAAUGCAAUUAAAAAGAGUCAAAAGAUAUAUAAUGUGAUCGACAAAUCUGAUGGAUUUUAUAGAUGUCCGAUCGAUGUAGAUGCACGUAGUAAAAUGAAUAUUCCAUUUAGAAUAAAAGACGAUGAUGAAGAAUUAGAAAAGGAAUUCCUUUCUGGUGCAGUCGCUCGUGGAAUGCUUCAGUUAAAGGGUCAUAGAUCUGUUGGCGGUAUACGUGCUUCAUUAUAUAAUGCAAUUCGAGAAGACGAAGUAGAAGUAUUAGCAAAAUAUAUGGAAUGGUUUUAUGAACAGCAUAAUAAGAAGUAAAAACAUUGACCAUCUAUGCUAAUAUGAAAUAGCUUGCCAAUAUGGAAUUUAUUGCUCUGUAUUAUUUGUAAAUACAAGAUGUACCAGUUUUGAAAUUAAUAUCUUUUAUAAAAUCUUAAAA